AUGUUUCCUUCAUCAUCGUCGUCGUUGUACAACUCAUCAUCACGUUCCUCUCUUUCUAACUUGAUCAAAACUCUCUACUCUAUAUUUCAAUGGAUUUGGAAAUUUUUAAAUAAUAUUCAAUUCAAUCCUGAUGAUUUAUUUUCAAAAACUUUAAAUCCGCAACUUUGGAAAACACUAAAAACGUUUAGCACAAAACAACCAAAAGAUGAACAUUUGAAUACUGUUCAAAAUAGCACGUUAGACUUUGCAUUAGAUCCUCGUUGGGUUCCAUUACAAUCUUCCUCCAGGACACAAAAAUUUAAAUUUAAUUUUGAUCGGAAGGCUCUUUCAGAAAUUCAUCAAACCUUUCAAAACACGAAUGAAAAAUUAAGCUCCAUAUCCAUUCAAGAAUUAAUAACAAAUUUACAACAUUUAAAUAAGAACAUUCACUUUUCAACAAAUAUUUCAACACAAUGGUUAGCCUCAAGCAAUUUAUCUGGAAAUCAAAAACAACGAAAAUUGAGACAAAUCAAACACGAUCUCUAUAUGGCAAAACGAAGAAAUAAGUUUCGAGAAAGGAUUUAUGAACAACAAUAUUUAAUUUUGAAUGGAAAAAAACCACCAGGAAGAAGUGAAUAUUUGAACUACAACGCGACAAGCAAGAAUGAAGAUAUCAUGUUACACGUAUAUAAGAAACAAUUAGAAAAAGAACGAAAUCAAAAGAAAGAAUUUCAUAUCAUUCAAGAUUUUGAUUUUAUUCAACAAAUGUAUCGAGAAUUAUUACAAGAUGCCAUAGAAAUUGAAUAUGAACAGUCUUUAUUUACACAAAAAUCAAUGGAAGAAAUUGAAAAGGAAAAUGAAACACUUCAAUCUCUUGUUCAUUCCUAUUUCUAUGGUGUAAAAUAUCGAGAUGAUUUCAUGCGAAAUGUUAAUAAGGAACUAUUUAUGGAUUAUCAAGACGAUCCUUUUUUAUUGGCUUUUCCAAACAUGAUGUCAGUGAAAGAUGAAUCGAAGAAGGGGUCCACAGUUCUCUCAGACCAAGAAGAAGGAGUGUUGAAAAAUUCUCAUCAAGACUCAAAUUUGACAUCGACCACCAUGUUCUUCUCCACUUCUUAUUUACCCAAAUUGGGAUGUCUCUCCAUGAGAAAUGAACAAGAUAGGCAUCGUAGAAGAGUAGCCUUGUUAGGGAGUGGUAUUCAUGAUGACAAUGACGACAAUGUCGACACAGCAAACAACUCAGAGAUUGAACAUCAGAGAGUUGCUUCUGUAUUGACCCAACUCAUGAAUGCCCCAAAACGGUGA